AUGCUAGUUGAGAAAAGCAUAAAUAUCGGAGCCAAUUUGACUGAUGAAGUCUUUGACGGAAGAUAUAAUGGGACGAGGAAGCAUGACUCAGAUAGACAACAAGUUUUAGAUAAGGCAUGGAAUAUUGGAGUUGAAAAAAUCAUCUUGACUGUUGGAUCGAUUCUGGAAUGUGCACCAGCAUUUAAAAUUGUUGAUAAUGACGAUCGAUUGUUCUGUACUGUUGGAUGUCAUCCAACAAGAUGUGGUGAAUUCCUGCUUGAUUUGGAAUAUUUUAACAAGCUAGAUCAACACAUUGAAGAGAAUAAAAGCAAGGUUGUUGCUAUUGGAGAAAUUGGCUUGGAUUAUGACAGGCUCCAUUUCUGCGAACCAGAUAUUCAAAAGAAAUAUUUUGAGAAGCAAUUAGAACUCGCUGAUAAAUAUGAUCUGCCAUUAUUUCUUCAUUGCCGUAACGCACACGAUGAUUUCAUCAGCAUAAUUGAGAGAAAUAAAAGUAAGAUUAGACGUGGCGGUGUUGUUCAUACUUAUGAUGGAAGCUUAGAGCAUGCAAAGAUUUUAAUCUCAAUGGGAUUUUAUAUUGGACUCAAUGGCUGCUCAUUAAAAUCUGAAGCGAAUUUGGAAGUUGUUAAGGAAUUGCCAAAUGACAAAAUUAUGUUGGAGACUGAUAGUCCUUGGUGUGAAAUAAGACAAUCCCAUGCUUCAAGUAAAUUUAUCAAGACUAAGUUUGAAACUGUCAAAAAACAAAAUAAGCAAAAAUGGCAAAAGGAUGUCUUGGUUGUUGGAAGGAAUGAGCCAUGUACAAUUGUUCAAGUACUUGAAGUUAUUGCUGGCGUUAAAGGUGAAGACGCUGAGAAGCUUAGCGAGAUUUUCUAUAAUAAUACAAUGAAAGUAUUCUUCUCUGAUUAA